GCUCGUGACCCGCCCGCGUGGCGGGUAGGGCGCUAGGGAUUGCGCUGCCUGAUGCUGCCGGUGCGGAGCGAGCGGGGCUCGGCGCCCGCGGCGGCUGUGGGGGUCCGGCCGCCCAGCCGGCCCCGAGCGGAGCUCAGCCGCGGCAGCUUGCGUUCCGCCGCCUCCUGCGGCGCGACUGUCCCCAGGUCCGUUUGUGAGCGCGCUGUGCACCAGGAAAGAGAUGCUUGUAACAGAACAAACACACCGGAUGAUUCAGAGGGGGAUGAGAGUGAGGAGAAGGCUGAUGAAGAUAGCGAGAGGGAGGAAGAGUGGGAUACUGACCUUGAAAUAGAAGAAACCAAGGAACCUUUUGACCCAACUGGAAAGACCAGAUACAUAGCAGCCUGCCAACUAUAUAGAGUGGUACCCAUAUCCUAUUUCCUGCGUCACAUGAAGGACUCUGAACUGAUUAUGAAGCACCAUGGACUUGGCACACAGGGUGCCAAAGCUUUAUCUCUUUCCUUGAUGACCAACACCUCCAUCGUAAAGUUAAACCUGAGUGAUAAUUGGCUGGAUGGAGAAGGGGCAGCUGCAGUUGCAGAGAUGUUAAAAGAAAACUGUUACAUUUCAGAUGUUGAUUUAUCUGACAACAGACUUGGAGUUAAAGGAGCCGAGGCCCUUUCUGCUAUGCUUCUGGAGAAUACUACAGUGCUUACCCUUAAACUUUCAGGAAAUGAGUUUGAUGACCAUGCAGCUAAGUACCUAUCCGAUGCCCUCCCGGCUAACAAUAAAAUGGAAUCUCUGGAUCUGAGUCACAACAUGCUUGGUGACGCAUCAGGUGAGGUUCUUGGAAUGGCAAUAGCAGAAAACACUGGACUAAAGGAGCUUAAUAUGAGCUGGAACUACUUCCGUAACCAAGGAGCAGCUGCCUUAGCCAGAGGCUUCGAGGCAAACAUGUUCCUCAGAGUUCUGGACCUUUCUUACAAUGGCUUCAGCAACAACGGAGCAGCUGCCCUGGGGGAGGCCCUUAAAGUGAACAAUGUGCUGGAAGAGCUCAACAUUAGCAAUAACCGCAUUUCAUUGGAAGGAGCUCUGCGGUUUGCAGUAGGCCUGAAAGAAAACCAGACUCUGAAGAGACUUAAUAUGGCCAGAAAUCCCAUGCAGAGUGAAGGCUGCUUUGGGAUUCUCAAAUCUAUACAAGCAAAUUCUGGUGCCGUGGUAGAAAUCUUGGACUUCUCAGAGAUCCCUGUGAACAAAGACUUUGCAGACCUGUGUGAUGCUGUGAAAAUGCUUUUGCCAAAUCUUCAGAUCAGAUAUGGUGGAAAUGCAACAUUGCACAAAAAAGAGCAACCAAAGGUUGAGAUCCAAUCUUGGUUCAGCGUGGAGGGUGAUUCAUAGAAUCCUUUGACCUAAAAGGAACCUCUUCAAGGUCACUUUGGGUGUCCCAGGAAUUUUUGUAACACUACAUGUGCUCAGUGGAAUCAAAGGUCUUCCUUUUAUUUGUGACGGGAACUGGAUGAGCCUUGGACACCCCCAAAAUA